AUGCGAGGACUCGCCUUGUGUCUUUUCUUCGCGGGUUUGAGCCGCGCAGCAGAUGUGUACUUGAAUCCCCCUUCAUCCCUCCCCUCUCGCCUCUCACCAUCCCAUGCAAGCUCGGCCAUCUCUCAUCACCUCGGUCUAGAGGAGUUCGAGCCUUUCCAAGGCAAUGAGCAGUUCGCUGCGGGUACAUCCUUCGUUGGACAAGGCCCAAAGAACGGUCUCCUCAUCAGCAUCGACGAAACAGACGCAAAAGAUGUUCUCCCCGAGUCAAUGAGACCAUCGUUCACCCUCUCCAACGCACCCUCCGUCUCAUCCUUCUCCUCCAUUAUUUCCACGUACCUGCACCGUGCCCCGCACGCAUACGCGCACAUAUUCUCACUCCCGACGUAUGACGCGCCCCUCUCCGGCGUCAUCUCCUUCCUCGAAUCCGACGAUGCCUUCUACACCGACCGCUUCGGCGCCUUUGAGUUGAAAGGUCUCUCUGAGAUCGCGCGCGCCUAUGGACGUGCGAGCGAGCAGUACCAGCUCGCUGCAGAGACACUGCGCGCCGCAGUGCACAGUGCGCUUUCCAAGGGGGACCUCAACCUCGUCCUGCUCACCUACGAUGGGGCACGUGCAGAGGCGUUGCGCAAGAGAGAGCCGCAGCAGUCCCCCCUCCCGCCGUCCAUCCCGCAACAGCCCAUCAACUCCGUCUCGACGUGCCAUGCGACAGAGGAGGUGUGCAGGAAUGCGACGAGCGCGUGCUCUGGGCGGGGCUCGUGCGUGAGCGCCUCGAAGGCCGGGAGGACGUGCUUUGUCUGUGCGUGCUCUGCUACGAAGGACAGCAAAGGCAGGACGGAGAACUGGGCGGGUCAGUCGUGCGAACGCAAGGACGUCAGCGGGCCAUUCGUGCUGUUGGCUGGUACCACUGUAGCACUGUUGUUGAUGAUCGCAGGUUCCGUGGGCUUGUUGUAUAGUAUCGGAGGCCAGGAACUGCCAACUGUUCUGACGGGUGGUAUUGCAGGAGGACAGAAGAGGGAGUGAAGUGGAGUACCAUAUGAAGGUCUCGUAAUGGAUCGAUAGCUUCUUAUAAUCUGAGGAGGCACAAACC